AUGUCUUAUCCUCCGAGUGCGCGAGAUACUCCUACAAGAAACAGGAACCGAACUUCAAGCAUGAGCACGGACCAGUGUGCAAUAUUGUUCCGAGAGGCUAAUAGGUCCGUGGAUUCGCCUUUGCCAUUUAGCGUCGAGUCUAUAACCAAUGUGAAUGAUGCUUACCGUAUAUUCUUAAAGCAUCAUACCUCCUACGAUUUGAUACCACUCAGUGCGAAGCUGAUUGUUUUUGAUGUGUCGCUUAAUGUCAAAAAGGGCUUUUUUGCUCUCGUUUAUAAUGGCGUUAGGGUAGCGAUACUCUGGGACUCUGAAUGUCAGGAAUAUGUGGGUCUUCUAACUAUUACUGACUUCAUUCGAAUCCUGCACAAGUAUUACAAAUCCCCUGAAAUUCCGAUAGUCGAGUUGGAAGAACACCAGAUCAAAACGUGGCGGGAACAAAUGUCCGACUACGCACCAUCUCUGAUCUACAUCACUCCUGAGCGGACUCUCUUGGACGCCGUUCAAAUGCUGUUAGAACACAAGGUACACCGCCUUCCCAUUUUGGACCCGCUGACCGGCAACCCACUCCACAUCCUCACCCACAAACGCCUCCUUAAGUAUCUGCAUUUCAACAUGCCUAAGUUGCCAAUGCCAACUUUUAUGAUGGACCAGUUGCAGAAUCUGCCGAUCGGGACGAUGCAGAAUGUGGUCUGUGUGGGAACAGAUUGGCCACUUCAUCGUGUGCUUACGGUAUUCGUCGAAAAUCGUGUUUCGGCCCUCCCUGUCAUUGAUGAAAGUGGGCGCCUUGUUGAUAUAUACGCCAAGUUCGAUGUUAUUAAUCUCGCUGCCACUCGAAGCUACGAUAACCUCGAAAUCACCGUAUUUGACGCCCUGCAGUACCGACGUGAGAAAUUUUCGGGUGUGGCCACCUGCAAGCCAUCCCAUACCUUGAAGGAGAUAAUCGACAUCAUAGUCGACGCAGGAGUUCACCGAUUAGUUGCAGUAGAUGAGACGCAGCGUGUUCUGGGGAUUGUCUCGCUUUCAGACAUUCUGCGCUUUCUUAUCCAAGAGCACCCGAUACCAUGA